AUGGAUGAUAACAAAGACAAAGUUGGUGACCUCACCGUUUCGAUACCUAAAACUUCGAAUUCGUAUCACUUGAUCCCCAACCCGUCGUUGAAUCAAUCUUCGUGGCUUGAAAUUCGUCUCUUUUAUGUCCGCAUCGCUCCUUACGUGGUUGACAGCGUCCUGAAUCAUCUCUCGCUAUGCCAUCUCCGCAGCGAGAUUGGUGUUUCCCUCAACAUCAAUGGUUCCUAUGUCCCUGCCACAGAUUCAGCUUCCCUCACACUCCGUCUGGAUCACCUCAACAAGGAGUCCCCCAAGGUUACUUAUGUGAGCACUGAUAGCGUAUGUGUAAUCUGCAGUAUCGAAUUUGAGGUUUUGGAGAAUGAGGACAUGAUUCUCUGCGGUUCUUUGGAGAGGAUGGAGUCUACGUGGGGGAAUGGUGCCGUGGGAUUAGAGAAUGAUUCAAAGAUUGGUUGGAGUACGGAUUGCUAUAUGACCGCGGGCAUUGGGGCUGGUAGUUCAACGUUUUUCCAGCCUAGGCUUGGGGUAUUAGCACCUGCAAUUGAGGUUUAUAUCGCUGGGUGUUGUGGUGGUAUGCCUGUGAUAUUAACUAAGAUGAUCCAGGUUAGUCCAAGGAGGAAAGGUUUGAGGCGUGGGACACUUGAUGCGAUUCCUGAGGAUGAGGAGAUUGAGAGGGAGCAUAAGGGUGGCAAUGUGCUGGUUUACCACAGCAAAGUGCAGAUAACAGAAGCAAACACAGACACUGAUGCUUAUGACAUGGACGGAAAAAUUGGAAACAACUACUAUUCAAAAGAGAUGUACACCGGUAAGGAUGGCCAACUCUUAUGGUUCAAUGAUGGUGUUAGAGUUGGUGUUGGAAUUGGCCUUGGGUUGUGCCUUGGGGUCGGGAUUGGUGUUGGACUGCUCAUGCAUUCGUAUCAGGCAACUACCCGAAAUUUCGGGAGGAGGUUUUUGUGAGUUGGCUCUUUCCAUUUGGCAAUUUGCUAAUCUGGUUCUAUUUAAAGCGAGGGAAUGAAGUCUUCCACCAAAUGGUAAGAAAGGUAUGAAAGAGUUCAAAGAUUGUGACCGAAGAGGCAACGAAAAGGCCUAUUAGACAAUCAAUUAAAGCUUAUGUUUUGCUGGUGGAUGGAAGUUGUACAGUGUUCUUUUUAUCAAGAUUUCCCUGGAUAGAAAUUAUACUGCUACAGGAGCCGCUGAAAGUCUCCCAUCCUAGUUCUAUGAUUGUCGAAACUCAGAAAAUGAAGGUGGAUAUUAUGUGAGUCUGAUUCAAUCUUUGGACUCGGAGUAUUCGGAGCUGGAACAUGUAACAUAUUGACAGGCUUUUUCAACGACUCUUGCCCAUCUUGAUAAGUCAUUUGGCCCAGCGUAGGAGUAAUUGUGGGUUUGUAGACAUUUGGCCCAGCUUUUGUCCAUCUUGUAACCUAGGCAUUCUGCUCUACCUCUCGUCUUUCUCUCCUAAGUUUUAGCUAGUCUCAGACUCAAGGAAUCAAAUGUGAGGCGUGAGUUAGGGCUUAC